AUAAAAAAAGGGGAGAAAGAUAGCUAUCCAAGACAAUAGCUUGUUCUCCCGCCCACUCCCCUGCUUUCCCCAUAUAUCUCACGUCCGGUCCAUUCCCCUCCACAACUGCCGCCAAUCCAUCUGUAUCUGUCUCACUCUCGCCAUCGAUUCAGUCUGCUUGCUCGCCCUCUGUCUCUCCCCCCCGGGGGUCUCGUUCGAGGUUCAGAUUGAGACUCAACUCUCGGGACCGAGCUCGAAUUGAAUGCUGUUGACCACACUUUCCACGAACCAACUGCCGUUCUUCCUCUCGCGGCGGUACGGGUAUAGCUCCAAGAGCAUGGCACUGGCUGAAAAGACGCAGCAGCGUAUCCCACAAGCAAUGAGUGGUGGCAGCAGCAGCAACAAAAACAACAACGUUGGUUUCAUUUCUAGUUGGAGACGGAUGGUCGGGGCAUGGGCUACCUCCAACAGCACUAACAGCACCGAUACUAGUAACGAAGGUGGUCCCAGUGAUGGCACUCAGUUGCUGAAGAAGGGGAUAGCAGAGUUCUAUGACGAAUCAUCGGGCAUUUGGGAGGACAUCUGGGGAGAUCACAUGCACCAUGGCUUCUACGACGACUCCUCUCCUGUCUCCCUCUCCGAUCACCGCCUUGCCCAGAUCCGCAUGAUAGAUGAGGCCCUCAGCUUUGCUUCUGUUCCUUCAGAGGAGGAGGAUCCCUCCAAGUCCAAGACACCAAAGAGGAUAGUUGAUGUUGGGUGUGGGAUAGGGGGCAGCUCCAGAUACCUCACUAGAAAAUAUGGAGCCGAAUGCCGGGGCAUCACCCUCAGUCCUGUCCAGGCUGAAAGGGCCAAUGCGAUUGCCUUAUCGCAAGGUUUAUCUGACCAGGUUUCCUUUCUAGUUGCAGAUGCUUUGGCGCAGCCAUUUCCCGAUGAGCAAUUUGAUUUGGUUUGGUCCAUGGAGAGUGGAGAACACAUGCCUGACAAACAGAAGUUUGUCAAUGAGUUAGUAAGAGUUGCAGCCCCAGGGGGCACAAUUAUCAUUGUCACAUGGUGCCAUAGAGAUCUCAAGGACGACGAGGAGUCUCUGCAGUCAUGGGAGAAAGAGCUCCUGGACAAGAUAUGUAAAGAUUAUUUCCUCCCUUCUUGGUGUUCUGCCGCUGAUUAUGUCAAAUUACUCCAGUCCCUUCCUGUCGAGGACAUUAAGACAGCGGACUGGACUCGAUAUGUAGCCCCAUUUUGGCCGGCAGUGCUACGCUCUGCGUUGACAUGGAAGGGCCUCACUUCUCUGUUGAGAAGCGGGAUGAAGACCAUCAAGGGAGCGCUGGCAAUGCCACUGAUGAUUGAAGGAUACAAGAAAGGUGUCAUCAAGUUUGCCAUUAUCGCAUGCCAAAAGCCUAAAUAAGCAUCCCACCUAGUUCGCAGUGUAGCCCAAUUUUAAAAGUAUAAUAAUCUAUUACGAUUAAGAAUUAGCAAGGGUGCUCAGUAGCUCCUCUUUCCAUCUGCUGCUGCAUCUGUCUCCCUCUCUGCAGAUUAGUGAUCUGCUAUCCAUUCCUAUUACGUUGUCAUUGUUACUGUUACUAUCAUUAUUUUUGCUAUCGUCUAAACUGGGUUCCGAACGGCACAUCAAACUCAAAUGUUAUGACACCUUGAAGAUGCCGCA